UCUCUAUCUCUCUUUCUCUUUCUUUUUAUUUAGGUUUUUUUUCCUCUGUGGUUUCUCUCUCCUCUUUCUCUCUCCAGAAAAAAGGCAAAAAAAAAAAACCCUAAAGAGCUAUUUUACACCCCCAAAUAGCUUCAUGGAUGACGAUGCGUUGAAUAUGCGUAAUUGGGGUUACUACGAACCGUCGUUUAAAGGACAUCUCGGUCUGCAGCUAAUGUCGAGCAUGGUUGAACGGGAUGCAAAGUCUUUUAUUCCCGGCCGUGAUCCCAAUCUCAUGAUUACUACCAAUACCACCUUUCACCAGCGGGACCCUGUUGUUUCCGAGGCACAUAUCCCCAUGAAUUAUGUUAGGGAUAGUUGGAUUGCUGACAGAGAGAAGCUUUUCAACAUGUUCCCGGCCACCACUCCUAAUUACGCCGUUCUUCCGGAAACGUCGGCAGCUCAUUCAUUGCCAAUUUUGCAGCCACCACCUGAUUCUUCAACAAGAGAUGAGAGGGUGGCAAGUAGCGUUGAAGAGCUGCCAGCUAAUAAGGACAGUGUUGAACCGAAGAAAAGGCAGGGUGGGGCUGUCCCUAAGAUGCCGAAGGCCAAAAAGCCUAAGAAGCCGAAGGAAAAUGCCAAUUCUGCGGUUCAACGCGUGAAGCCAGCAAAGAAGAGUAUCAUUUUUAAAAUAAAUGGGUAUGAAAUGGAUAUUUCAGGCAUUCCGAUUCCGGUUUGCUCAUGCACUGGAACUGCUCAGCAAUGUUAUCGAUGGGGCUUUGGUGGUUGGCAAUCCGCUUGUUGUACCACAAAUGUGUCCAUGUAUCCUUUGCCAAUGAGCACCAAAAGGCGUGGUGCAAGGAUAGCUGGCCGGAAAAUGAGUCAGGGGGCAUUCAAGAAGGUCCUCGAGAAACUUGCAGUUGAAAAUUAUAACUUCAGUAAUCCAAUUGAUUUGAGGAGUCAUUGGGCAAGACACGGUACCAACAAAUUUGUUACUAUCAGGUAGGUUUAAAAUUGGUGGUAAUGAUAGUCGAACUCCAUCAAUUAUGGUCUGCUUCACUUGUAUAUAUUCCCAUGGCCAUCUUUGUUCGAACCUUGUAGUUUUUCAUUUGUGCCCAUGCUUUAAGAACAUCCUGUUUAUUCUGGUUUAAAGUCGUGGACGAGUUUUUAGUUGUUGGAUUUUGUUCAGAUAUUCUCCUUUCGUCCACCCGGAAAGUGUUGUUAGAGACUGGCAGUUGAAUGCUGCUUUUCCUUGGUAUCUUUAAACUGACAUCAAUGGCAUUUUAUUUAUUCCCUUUA